AUGCCUUCCAACGUCCUCGCUGCCAAGGACGUCAACAUGUCGCUUCCUACCACCAACAACAACAACACCACCCAGACCUCGACUGAUACCUGCGGCAAGCCCGAUACUAUGAGCAUGGAGUACCACCGUCAGGUCUUUCAGAACAAGAUGGCGGCACAGGAGGAGAAAACUUACAUUUCCCCCUCGGAUAACCUUAUGUCCCCUUGCACAGCCAAGCUGAGUGCCUUCCGCAGCAAGCAAGUCGGCAAAGUCAAGCCCAAAUCCCUCUUCGCCCAGGCGUCCUCUAAGAAGCUCGACGCCGCGGGCCAGAGCAGCCUGCUGUUCGGCAACAAGCCCAAGCCCGCCGCUCCUCCUGCCGGCAGCAGCUAGGCAUUGGACACGGCGAAACAUGAACACCCUUUUCUUUUUCUCUUCGACAUGACCGUUCUCCUCCAACCAUAACGGAAACCCUUAUUUUCUGUUUGUUUGAUUACAUCGCUUCUAUUUUUUCUUUUGUCAGAGUACACACACUCCCUCUACACAAGAGGGGUGAAGGGGGCAAAUUGGUCUAUCGGGGGUUUGGGAGGCAUUGGGAAACAUCAAAGGCGUUUGAGGUUUGGCUUGCUACAGAGUUUUUGCUUUGACAGUUUACUUUGCCAGACUACCCAAAAGAAAUCGGGGGGAAAGGAAGGGGAGUUUUUUACUGGGGAAAGAUGAUUACUACAUUAUGAAUUACACUUUUGCUUUUUUUAGGCACAGACAAAAUAAUUGAUGGGGUGGUGCAUUAUUGCUGCCGUAUACAUCA